AAUGUAAGUACGAGUCUUGGUCACGUCCCUCCCAAGAGGCUCUCGGGGCACCAAGAGUAUAUUUACUGUGCACUGUAAUCUUCUCGUCUCAAUCGAGGAAAGACAAGCCGGACAAAGACAACAUGAAGAUGCAGAUGUUGGUGGUGUUGGCUGUAGCAGCUUUGGUCCCCAGUCUGUCUGAGGGACGGAUCCUCUCCAAAUGUGAGCUGAAGAACUUGUUGGAGAAGGAGGCCCUCAAAUUCAACAUGACUGGGGGAGCCGGAGUGACUGGGGGAGCCGGAGUGACUGGGGGAGCCGGAGUGACUGGGGGAGCCGGAGUGACUGGGGGAGCCGGAGUGACUGGGGGAGCCGGAGUGAAGAACCUGACAAACAACGAUUUUGUGGCUAAAAUCGUCUGCCACGUGGAGAAGGCCUCGGGUUUCAACACCAGUUUUGUGACUGCUUGGAGGGAUGAUGACGGCCCUGAUGUCCUCCCUACCCGCCCUGCCAAGGUUAAUGACCGCCAUCGCCCUGAGCCCCCUCCUAAGAGGGGUAAGAGACACGCUGGGGAUGAUGUUGACCCAACCCACCCUGCUAACAAUGAUAACCACCCUACCCCUCCUCCCCGCCCUAACCACCCUACCCCUCCUGCCCGCCCUAACUACCCUACCCGCCUUACCCUUCCUACCCGCCCUGAGCAGCCUCCUAAGAGGGGUAAGAGACACGCUGGGGAUGAUGUUGACCCAACCCACCCUGCUAACAAUGAUAACCACCCUACCCCUCCUCCCCGCCCUAACCAUCCUACCCCUCCUGCCCGCCCUAACCAUCCUACCCCUCCUGCCCGCCCUAAAUACCCUACCCGCCUUACCCUUCCUACCCGCCCUGAGCAGCCUCCUAAGAGGGGUAAGAGACACGCUGGGAAUCACUUCACCUCAGGGGAGGAAAGCUCCAGCGAAGGAGAGACCAUGGGGACCCUCUACGGCUUGUUCCAGCUGAGCGAUCGUGUGAUUUGUUCCUCGGACUCAACUCCAUCGUUGAACCUUUGCCAGAUGAACUGCAGUGCUUUGAUUGACGACGACAUAAGUGAUGACUUUAACUGUGUGAAGACUAUCAAACAGACAAUGGAAAGUGGUCGCGGUCAACAAACAAAGGCUCUAAAGAGAAUGAUCAACCUGCUCUUCCAGAAGGAAUGUGUCGCCACGGUGGCCUCCAGCUACUUCUCCAAGUGUUGAAUCCCCCGAUGUUAGACGACAAUCCCCUCGAUUUCAAAAAGAUCCGAAUUGGGCUGCCGGUGUUAAUACAGCCACUGUGUGUAACAAUUAGUUCUCAUCGGCUCCAUGUUCACAAAGUACACCGGAAUAGAAUGUAGCAUGUAGAAAGAAUAAAAAUGAACAUUACAUUCA